UCCUGGUUCUUCAAUCUCUUACACUGUCAGCAGUUACUUCUUUAAUUUGGUACCAAACACUUAAAACUGUGCAUUGUCUUUUUCUUAAACUGAUUACUUCAACCCAAUACCAAUCAAUGGAGAUUGCCUGAUGUCCAACAACAAGCAGUGGAAGGCUAUCUUCCAGGAUGAUGGUAACUUUGUCAUCUAUGGCUGGAAGCCUGUGUGGGCUUCAGACACUGAUGGAACAAAUGUUUACCGCCUGGUCAUGCAGGAAGACUGCAACCUGAUCAUGUACAACAAGGUUGAGCAACCCAGGUGGGCUACAAACACUUAUGUCAAGGGUGUUUUCAGCAGCUGUCUUCAACUGACCGAUGACGGCAAACUGUUGGUGUACAAGGCAGGGGAAAAACUUCCACAGGCAUAAAGCAGUGACAUUGCAAGUCUUUAUAAACUGAAUGCUCUGCAAGUGAAAGUCAUGUUUGGAUGUCAGUGUGAAUUACAGUAAACCUGACUGCCAUGUAAUCUGGAAUCAAAUAAAAACACAUGUUAACAAUGUAUAAA